CACAAGCUAUCUGGGAGUCCUUUUGUCCACUAACGAAAUCCUCAUAUACUCCCCUUUGUCGAAGGAAGUGGUAAACAAGAUCUCCACUGUCUCUGCCCUUAUCGAUUUCACCGAUGGCCCGGGCCAGGAUGUCUGGGGAUACGAUAGAAAGAACAUGUCGCUACGCAAAUUUGGUCUUUUUGAGAAUCGUGUGGUGGAUUCCCGUCCUUGGACAACAGAUAAACAGUGCCAGUAUCUCCAAUAUCUUCAUUCGAAGCUUGCUAUUGCCUCGUCUGCUUUGUACGUCUUUGACCCUUAUGAAAUAGGGGAUGUCGAGGAGGAGGUCAAGAUCGCAGCACCUAAGGCCCAUCAAUCGCAUAUAACUAGCGUUUUAAUCUGCGAAGAAGAACCAGAUUUGCUAGCAUUGGCAAGGGAGGAUGAUCCUCUGGUACAGAUUGUCUCACUUUCUAGCUCUAAAGUUCUUUCCUCGCUCAAAUGUUUAUCUCCCGUGAAGUCCUUGGCGCUGUUACAAGAUUUCACACUAGCUGCUGUGACAGAGGAUGGUGUCAUUGAGAUUUUUCACCAAGUUUUUGGCAAAAAGUCCAGAAAACAGCUUGCAUCGAAUUUGCAUCUGAAACCAAAUACAGCUGUCAAGUUUGUCAAUCUUGUAAGCAGAAAAGACCAUUUUGUGGUCUCCUGGUUUGACGGCUAUGACGUUAGAACUACCGCUUUUGAAAUCGAGAACUUAUCCCAGGAGGGAGAAAUUAUUGUUGACGUCGGCCACGAAGACGAUUCCGGCUCUGACGAGGAGUACGAUGUUGAGAAGAACGAGAGUGACGAAGAGGAUUUGGUGGAGUUUUUCAGAGAAGAUGUGACCGAACUUUAUUCGCUGAUACUAGAAAGUCUCACAAAUACCGACCAGCUAGCUACCAUCUUGUCUCAGAACCAAGAUAACGCCAAGUCGAUUAUGUUCUUGCUGAAGGAUCAAGAGACAACUGAUCUGUUUAAACAGCUGACACUCAAAAUUGCAGACGACUCGCAAAACUCGCAGGGAUUGGGGACUUGGCUCAGGUGGCUACUCAUUUCCAAAGGUAAUUUGAUAUCCAAAGACGCCGACUCAGUGGGCCUGUUAAAGCUACUUCAAUCCUCGCUCACAGAAAAUAUCCGCCUGCUCCCCAGCCUUUUAACGUUACAGGGACGUCUUGCUUUGUUGCAAUCUCAACUCAAACUCAGAAAUGACAUGAUGAGCAAAGGCAACGAGGCGCACAACGAAGUGAGUUUUGUUGAGAACUCGGUGUUUCUGGAUGGGGAGAACGACGACUUGGAGUAUCAAGAAGAAGUGGAGGAGGACAACUACGAAGAGGAUGAGGACUGAAGAAUGUACUGACUAAACUAAUAGAUGCAUAUUUC